CCCUUUGCCUAACAGCCAACAGACAGUCAACAGUUAAUCUGUUUACUUACGGUUUUGUCUUUUAAUAUUUAAAUUUUUAAGACCGUAACUGACGGCAUGUUUCCAAUAUUUUUUUAAUGUCUAUAUACGUUUGUAUGCAUGAAGGUGUACGAGCAACACGUUUACAGGUCGUAAUCAUGAUAAGUCCAACACAGAUUCUGAUCAUUUGUCUAUCAUUGAAGCUCGUCUUCGACGUUUACGAGUACAGCAAAUACCAAAAUGGAUAAACAAAUAUAAAAAAUAACUGUGGCGGCGAUGUCAGUAGCGUUUACUUUGUAUUACGGUUAUCAUUUAUUAAUCAGACCAGUGAAUAUACAAAGGACACUGGCACACUUGGGCUAUGAGGGUUUAUCACAAAACCAGUGGGCAUCAAAUGACAGGUUGCACAUGAUCAAACAAGCGAUGAAGCUUAAGAAAAAAGAACAAAUGCCACCUGCUUUCCCGAAUGGAUGGUUUUCGAUCAUCGAGUCUGAUCAAGUAAAAUUAGAACAAGUCCAAUAUGUAUCGGCUCUGGAACAUUUUGCCGUGUUCCUAUCAAAAAAUGGCAUUAUCAACACUCUAGAUGCCAACUGUCCUCUUGGAGGCUCAGUUAUAGGGAAUAGUCUACAAUGCCCAUGUCAUGGUUGGACAUUUUCGGGUAAUAGCGGGAAGUGUGUAAAGAUUGCAAACAGUUGUUCAAGAGAUUUUCACUUAAAAAAGAUAUUGUGCCAAAUUGUUCGUAAUCUGUUCAGGCUAUUUUUCGCUUUUUCUUUAGUAAUUUUAAACAUGAAAUUUUUGAUUGGAACUAUAACAAUAAUACAAGUGGUUACACCUGUAGAACCUCUUAUUCAAAAAAUUGUGCAGCACAUUUACUGUCCUUUGCAAUUAUCAUGUUUUGCUUCAAUCAUUCUAAAAAUGGAAACAAUUAUGCUGGAGAGAGAUAUAAUAAUAGGAUUUUGGAACCACAAGAUUUAUGUAGAAAAACCUUUGUGUACAAAAGAAGAAUUAACAAUUUUAUCUUACCGUCAAUGGUUCAAACAAUUUUACAGUGAAAAUAGUCCAAAAUUUAGUUUUAAAACAAUGGAAUGGUAA